AUGGUGCUGCCACCGCUGAUGACGAUGAGGCUGCUGGCUGCGCUGUCUGCGCUGGCUAUGCUGUCGGUUGAGCUGCUGGCUGCUCUUGCCCUGGUGGGGGGGUACUGCUGCUCGUACUCGCCGCUGUCGUUGUUGCUCUGGACCUCGCUGGAGCCCUCCGCCAGCCUGCCGGGCCCGCAGCCCGCCGCCGGGCCGCACCUGCCGCCCGCGCCCCUCCCCGCGGCGGCGGAGCUCUAUUCCCUCGAGACUAAGGAGGAAUUUCGGAGUAUCGUCAAAGAGACCCUGAAGCAGACGCUCGGUUGCGAUGUUGUGCACUUCCGGUACGCGGACGACAGAGUCCGGCAAAACACAAGCCAGUACUUGUUGGUAUUCCAUUCCGUUCUGGGCCUGGAUGACCUUGAUACCAGGACGAUGGGCCCGUGCCAGCAGGCCAAGGCGCCCCCGCGGCCGCACGGGCGGCCACCGGCGACAAGGCAUGACGCGGAGAGUUGGCUGCUGGCCGUGGCGGACCUACGGCCGCCGAAGUCGGUGAAUGAGGCUCUCAAGCGCUUCAAGAAGAAUGAGGGUUUCACGGCGGAGAGAGCCGUUCUGCUUGCCAAGAAAUACGGGAUGGCGCCUUCGCUCCGGGCGCCCCGGCCCGCGAGCCCGCAGUGCCCCGGCCCGGGUGCUGCGACCUGGCCCCGCUACGCUGGCGAGGGCCGCGCCGACCUGCCGCAGGAGAGCGCCUCCGCCCUCGGCGCCCUGCGCUUCGGCCACGGCGCGGCGGCCGCGCGCGGGCCGGCCGCCCCGUGGGGAGACGGGGGCCCCUGCUGGUGGCAGAAGGGCCACGGGGCACAGCGCGAGGAGAGCGGCGGCGCGCCCAUGGGAGGAGGGCGCCUCCAUCAGCGGCGCCAGCGCGGCACGCCUCCCUUCGGUGGCUCUGGCGGCUCGGGUGGCCAGAGCGGCUCGGGCGGCUACUCGGACUCGGGCAGCGGCAGCUCGGCGGGCAGCGGCGACGGCCUCCCGUAUCGCUUCGCGGGCGGCGGCGCGAUCGGCGGCCCGCCCUCCGGCAAGCUGGGGGAGCCCGUCUUCAUCCAGCCCUCCUGGGGGGGCCUUGUGCCCGGGGGCCAGCCGGCGCCCGGCCUGGAGAUGCGGCAGGCGUGGACGGGCCGCUCGGCCUUCUCCACGGGGCGGCGCCCGAUGUACACGGUGGCGCCGGCGCCGUCGCUCAGCCUCCUGAGGUGCCUCGGGGAGCAGGGCGGCUCGGGCCGGUGA